GCGCGCGUGCUCGGCGGCGGCGGCGCCCGCACUUCCGCCCCGCGCGGGCGGCGGGCGGCGAUGGGGCCCCCGGGACGCCUGGUCACCAUCAAGAGGAGCGGCGUGGACGGCGCCCGCUUCCCGCUGAGCCUCAGCAGCUGCUCGUUCGGAAGGGAUAUCGAGUGUGACAUUCGUAUCCAGCUCCCUGUAGUGUCAAAACUGCAUUGCAGAAUCGAAGUCAGCGGGCAGGAGGCGACAUUAUAUAAUUUCAGCUCCAUAAAUCCGACCCAGCUGAACGGGUCUGCCAUUGACAAGCCCGUGCACCUGAAACAUGGCGAUGUUAUCACCAUUAUCGACCGGUCUUUCAGGUAUGAAAAGGAAACCCCUCAGGAUGAAAUCAAGUCAGAUGAACUUCCGGGAAAAAGACAGGAAAAGGCACCGGCGCGGCGGUCCUCCAGAUCCAGCCUCUCGGCUCCCCCUGACGGGAAAGCUCAAGAUUCCAGAGCCCAUUCAAAAGUCACUGCUUCGAGGUCUCAGGAGCCCGGCGAGGAGCUCGUGGGAGACGGCACUGCCCCGCACGGCUCAGAGCGCAGGGAAGCCGCGGAUCCAGCUCGCGUUCGCUCCCCAGAGCAAGUGGGCAGCGAUGGGAAGCAAGCAGGACCGCCUCCUUCUAGGUGUCCUAAGGAGAGUUCCAGGGUGACGGCGAGCCCUUGUGGAGACCUGAGGCCCUUGCCCUCCACACAGAGCCUUGACAGUAGCCAGGAAACGGGGUCCCCCUUUGAGAAGCCGUUGCCCUGCGCACAGAGCCUGGACGGUAGCCAGAAAACGGACUCUCCCUUUGAGAAGCUCUACCAGUCGAUGAAGGAGGAGCUGAGCCUCAGCUCACAAAAACAAAGCGUGGCACAGAACCGGAGGAGAUCAGGGUUGCAGCCUGAUAGUGCCAGAGAGAGAGAGAGGAGGGAGACCCAGCCCUGGGUGUCACACAAAGCGAGACCCAGGUCCAGCGACACCGUCUAUGUCAAGGCCGCCUCUCUAUCCACCCCAGAAACCAACCACACCCAGGAAGAGGGCGUCGGGGCGGGCCCUGUACACGCUUCCUACAAGGCCCGGAGGUCCAGCACUUCCAAGGCUGAGGCUAGAGCAAAGACCCCAGGCCGGUCCUCCGAGCAGCAAGAGGACAAAGUCGCCUGUGUUAUGGGAGGAGAGUCUGCGACCGUGGGCGGCGGCGAAGGCGUCGGAUGGUCAGCUGGUAGCAUCGUCACUCCUCGGAAGCGCUCGAGUGGAAAUCCCACGCCGGCCAUGGCCGAAGGAGCUGCUGGCCCCACCGAGAAGUCGGACGGUCUCGCUCUGAGAAGCAGCCGCGUUCGCGUGGACGAGGAAGGGGGGCCGCCUUCGGAAAUCAGAGAGGAGCCGCUUGUCACUCCACGCUCCCCUCACACCAGAAACAAGAUGCAAAAGGAUCUCCGCGAUGAGCCCAGCAGACGGGCGGUCAAACCCGGACAGACCGGCUCUGGGCUACCUGGUCUUAGCUCAGUUGAUAUCAGCAACUUUGGUGGUUCUAUUAACAAGAGCGAGGGGGCAGCUUUGAAGAGGAGACGCGUGUCCUUCGGCGGUCGCCUGAGACCUGAACUAUUCGAUGAGAACUUGCCUCCGAACACACCCCUCAAAAGAGGGGAGACCCCAGGCAAGAGGAAGUCGCAGGGCGCCCUCACCCCGGCGGCCCUGAAGAAGAUCAUCAAGGAGCAGCCCCCGUCGGGGAGAGAAGGCUCUUCCUCGGAAGCCUGCCUGGCGGCGACGGCGCAGAGGGCGUGUGCAGGCGCUCUGGCUUCUAGUCCCGGAGCCGCCCAGCCAGGGCCAAGUGGCCAGAGACGCAGGUCAGGCGAGGCCUCAGCCGCCUCUGGGGGCGGCGGCUCCCCGGCACCCACAGAGGCUCCUAAGAGGGCGGGGAGAAAGAGCGCCGGCUUGUCUUCCAAGCGGUCGUCCAUCAGCCGGGGUCAGCACGACAUUCUGCGGAUGAUCUGCUCCAAGCGGCGGAGCGGGGCGUCGGAGGCCAACCUCCUGGUGGCGAAGUCGUGGGCGGAUGUGGUGAAACUCGGCGCGAAGCAGAUGCAGAUGAAAGCGGUGAAGCACGCCCCCCCAAAGCCGGCGAGCCGGAGACAGAGGAGAGCAAACACCCCGAAGAAGCCUUCGGCCGGCGUGGGCCACCAGUUCGGCACCGGCCACGCCAACUCCCCCUGCACCGUCGUCAUCGGGCGAGCGCAGGCGGAGAAGGUCAGCGUGCCCGCGCGGCCCGCCAGGAUUCUGCACAGCUUCGCCUUCAGCCGGAAAAUGGACUACAGCGAAGAUCUGUCAGGGAUAACCGAAUUGUUCAAGACGCCCGUGAGGGAGAAGCCACAGACGACUGAGCCCGGCUCCUUCACUCUUUCCAGUCCAGAGAACUUGCCUGGAAGACGGCUCCCAGGAGUGGAUUCCGGGGACGCCUCUCUGUGCGCCACGUCUGAGAUUUGGGAAGAGGAUGUGUUCUUCAGUCCUCAGAACUCAGCACAGCAUCCGUCCGGCAAACCCUCUGCGAGCUGUACCUUCCAACAGCGGAGCGCCGCGAAGACCCCUCAGAACGCGUCUCAAACGACUCGGCCGGAAGAGGCAGCUCCAGGUGCCGGGACGGCGCCUCCCUGCGCGGUGCCCGGCACGCACAAGUGGAGGCGAUCGCGGGAGCCCGGGCACGCACCGACGCCCCCGGUGGGAAGGGAGGACGGAGGGGCGGAAGCGGCCCCGGGCAGGUCCCUGAGGAAGACGCCGCUGCGAGGACGCAAGGUGGAGGGAGAGGGGGAGGACGGGACGGGGUCGGCGGAAACUGGCAAAGAAAGGGACAAAGCCGGAGAAAGUCCAGCCAGGAUGACGGCUGUGAGGAGAUGGAGGAGCGAGGGGCGGACGCUUGGACCCACGGGAGAGUUCCUGGGCACACCAGCUCACACCCUGGAAGAGUUCCUGGGCACACCAGCUCACACCCUGGAGCUAGAGAAUGAGGCCGACCCCACCGCCAAAACAUCCCGCCGGUCUUCCCAAGGAGCUGACCUCCCAAACACCAGAGGGAGCCAGUGGAACACACCCCAGAGGGCAGAGGAUGACGAGGAGGAACCCCCCUCCGCGCCACAGCACCCCGCGCACACCCUCAAGACACCAGAAGGCGGCGCCGCGCUGGCGAAGGGCACUCCCAGUCGGAGCGGGGGUCCAGCUACGCCCGCAGCUCAAGGGAAGAAGGGACCACGGACUCCCAGGAAGCAGACCCAACCUCUAGAAGACCUCGCUGGCGUCAGAGAGCUGCUCCAAACGCCACGCCAGCCCACGGCUGACGAUAAAGCCAACGCGCCUUGCCCAUCUCCGCAAGCUACGCCAACAAGCGCAGAAUCCCAGCUGACCACACCCCGUAGGGAAACGGAUGCUACAGAGCCCUCGGCACUGAGGAAGUCCGCUCACGUCCCAGGGGGACACACGCAGACCCCCGACGUCACACAGCCAGAUUUCACAAGCAUCCGAGCUUUGAAGGGACCCGCAGAGCAGAUACUGCAUCCAGCAGGAAACGUUACUGCUAGCGAGAGACAGCUGGAGUCGCUUAAAGAGAGCACUCAACUCGAGGACGCGGCCGGCUUCCAGCUCCUCCACACGCCAGGCCGGGCCACGGGCAUGGUGACGACGGAUGGAAGCACAAAGGUGACCUGCGCAGCACCACAGGCAGCAACAACCAGAACCCCAGGAAGCGCACAAAGACGACCCAGGACAAGUCUGGGAAACGUGUACGUGGAAGAAGUUUCAUCACUCGGGAAACGGAGGCAGUCACCAGGCGGGGCCUUGCAGACACCCACAGCACCAGAACAAGGGGGACCCUUUGCAGCGUUCGUGCAAACUCCAGAGCAGAAACCAGACAUGGAGGGAGAUUUAACUGACUCUAGGAGACGGUCCCGAAUCUCUAAGAGAAGGAGCCAGUUUCUGGGAGAUCUGUCCGGCUUGGAGGAGCUCUUCCAAACACCAGACCGCAAUCAUCCAGCGAUUGUGAGCACAACCACAGAAAUGCCCAGCAAGUCUCCACAAUCGGAAUCAGUCAAAGUUCCCAUGGCUGUGAAGAGACAGCCCGAGACAAAUCUGGAAAAUGUGUACACGAAAGAGGUUUCAUCACUCAAGAAACAGAGGCAGUCACCAGGCAAGCUCUUGCACACACCCAUAGCACCAGAACAAGAGAGACACAUCGCAGCAUUCGUGCAAACUCCAGAGCAGAAACCAGACAUGGCAGGGGAUUUAACUGGCUCUAAGAGACGGUCCCGAAUCUCUAAGAGAAGGAGCCAGUUUCUGGGAGAUCUGUCCGGCUUGGAGGAGCUCUUCCAAACACCAGACCGCAAUCAUCCAGCGAUUGUGAGCACAACCACAGAAAUGCCCAGCAAGUCUCCACAAUCGGAAUCAGUCAAAGUUCCCACGGGUGUGAAGAGACAGCCCGAGACAAAUCUGGAAAAUGUGUACACGAAAGAGGUUUCAUCACUCAGGAAACAGAGGCAGUCAACAGGCAAGCUCUUGCACACACCCACAGCACUAAAACUAAAACAAGAGGAACCCCUUGCAGCAUUCGUCCAAACUCCAGAGCAGAAACCAGACGUGGGAGAUUUAACUGACUCUAAGAGACGGUCCCGAACUUCUAAGGGAAAGAGCCAGCUUCUGGGAGAUCUGUCCGGCUUGGAGGAGCUCUUCCAAACACCAGACCGCAAUCAUCCAGCGAUUGUGAGCACAACCACAGAAAUGCCCAGCAAGUCUCCACAAUCGGAAUCAGUCAAAGUUCCCACGGCUGUGAAGAGACAGCCCGAGACAAAUCGGGGAAAUGUGUACACGAAAGAGGUUUCAUCACUCAGGAAACAGAGGCAGUCAACAGGCAAGCUCUUGCACACACCCACAGCACCAGAACAAGAGAGACACAUCGCAGCAUUCGUGCAAACUCCAGAGCAGAAACCAGACAUGGAGGGAGAUUUAACUGGCUCUAAGAGACGGUCCCGAAUCUCUAAGAGAAGGAGCCAGUUUCUGGGAGAUCUGUCCGGCUUGGAGGAGCUCUUCCAAACCCCAGACGGCAGUAAUCAUCCAGCGAUUGUGAGCACAACCACAGAAAUGCCCAGCAAGUCUCCACAAUCGGAAUCAGUCAAAGUUCCCACAGCUGUGAAGAGACAGUUGGAGACAAAUCGGGGAAAUGUGACGGGGAGAGAACUUUCGCCAAUUACGAAACGAAGGCAGUCACCAGGCGAGGCCUUGCAGACACCCACAGCACCAGAACCAGAGGGACCCUUUGCAGCAUUCGUGCAAACUCCAGAGCAGAAGCCAGACAUGGCAGGGGAUUUAACUGGCUUGAAGAGACGGUCCCGGACUUCUAAGGGAAAGAGCCAGCUUCUGGGAGAUCUGUCCGGUUUGGCGGAGCUCUUCCAAACCCCAGACGGCAGCAAUCAUCCAGCGAUUGUGAGCACCACCACAGAAAUGCCCAGCAAGUCUCCACAAUCGGAAUCAGUCAAAGUUCCCACAGCUGUGAAGAGACAGCCCGAGACAAAUCUGGGAAAUGUGACGGGGAGAGAACUUUCGCCAAUUACGAAACGAAGGCAGUCACCAGGCGAGGCCUUGCAGACACCCACAGCACCAGAACCAGAGGGACCCUUUGCAGCAUUCGUGCAAACCCCAGAGCAGAAACCAGACAUGGCGGGGGAUUUACCUGGCUCGAAGAGACGGUCCCGAGUCUCUAAGGGAAGGAGCCCGUUCCCGGGAGGUCUGUCCGGCUUGGAGGAGCUCUUCCAAACACCGGACUGUGGCAAGGAUCCAAGGACCCCUGGUGAAGCUACAGAGGUGCCAUCUCAGUCUCCACCCCCCAAGCCGGCCAAGACUCCACGAAGCGCACGGAGACGAUCCAAGACGAGUCUGGGAAAAGUCCGGGUGGACGGGGGGCUCCCAGGACUUGGGGAGCUCUUGCCAGCGUCCCUCCGCGGACCCGGAGGUGACAGUGGCCACCGGGCGGGGAAGCCAUCUCCCAAGCGGAAGCUGAGCUCGGAAGCCAGCGUGACCAUCAGCAAGAGGCUGCGGAGGGCUCCAAGGGAGAAGGCCCAGCCUCUAGAAGACCUGUCCUGCUUCCAGCAGCUCUUCCUGACUCCUGGCCGUGCCAAGGACACGACUGCUACUGAAGGAGCCACGACAGUGACCUCCACCUCUCCCACACCAGCAGCAGCAGCAGCAGCAGCAGCAACGCCCAGGAGCACAGGGACGCAGCCCGACGCCAGUCUGGGGCUCUUGGCCGCGGAAGGAGCUCCUUCCUCCCUCCGGAAGCAGCGGCGGUCAGCUGCGCCAACACUCACUGUGCCGCCGCCAGGGGGCGCCAGCGAGCAGAACCCACACCUGACAGCAACUUCCCCUGCGCCCAGGAGGCGGACACCUGAGGGAAGGAGCCGGCCCCCGGGAGACCUGCGCGGCCUCCGGGAGCUCUUCCAGACUCCAGACCGAGGCAAGGGCUCAGCGACCGUGAACGGAGCCUCAGACGUGUCCGGCGGAUCCCCGCAGCCAGAGCCAGUCAGGUCUCCCACGGGUGGAGGGAGACGGCCCGGGGCAAGUCUGGGGAACGUGGCGGCCGGGAGAGAAGUCUCCCCAAUUACGAACCAGGGGCGGCCACCGGGCGAGGCCUUGCACACACCCACAGCGCCAGAACAAGACGGACACACCGCAGCAUUCGUGCAAACUCCAGAGCAGAAGCCGGACCUGGCGGGGGACUUAACAGGCUCGAAGAGACGGUCCCGGACUUCUAAGGGAAAGAGCCAGCUUCUGGGAGAUCUGUCCGGCUUGGCGGAGCUCUUCCAAACCCCAGACGGCUUCAAUCGUCCAGCGAUUGUGAGCACCGCCACAGAAAUGCCCGGCAAAUUGCCCCAGUCGGAAUCAGUCCGGGUUCCCGCAGGUGGGAAGAGGCAGCCUGGUGCAAAUCCUGGAAACGAGGCCGUGAGAGAAGAGCUGAGAAAGCAAAGGUCUCCAUCAGGGGCCACUGCGAGGCGCCCCAAGGUGCCCCAAGGCCAGGCCGCUUUAGAGGAACCCCCAAAGCAGAUGCCGCGCACCGCUGCUAAUAGACCCGCCAGCCGGCGGCAGCCAAGAGCGAAGGACGGGAGGCCGCCCCCGGAGGACCUGGCCGGCUUGCCGGAGCUCUUCCGGACCCCGGGCCACGCCGAGGACACAGCGCCCCGCACAGCACGACAGCCAGAACCCACCAACACCCCGACAACCCCAGAGAGACAGUGCGCGGUGAACCUGGGCAAAGCCCUCACGGACGGGGAGCUCUUGGGGCUCCUGCAGCCCCCCCACGAGUCAGGGGACACCGCCAGCACACGCCCAGUGCCAGGAGGCGAAGGUGGGGCCCGGGCGGUCAAACCACGUGCAAAACGGAAACUGGAGCCGGCAGACAGUGUCACCGGCAGCAAGAGCAAGAGGCUCCGCGGGGCGCCCGAGGAGAAGGCCCAGCCCCUGGACGGCCUGGCAGGCUUGCAGGAGCUCUUCCCAACGCCGGGCCGGGCCGCGGACACUGAGGGGACCACAGAGCCGCCCCGGCCCCCGCCACGGGACACCUGUGCGUCCUCACGGAGAGCCACCAGGGCACGGCUGCGCCACGGCGACGGGAAGGAGGAGCUCCCGGCCGCGGGGACGCUGACGCGCGCGCCGAGGCCAACCACGCGCGCCCGGAAAGUGCCAGAAGGUGACGUCCCGGACACUCAGGCUUCAAAGGAAUCGGCCGGGCAGGCCCGGGGCCCAGCACAAAGCGUCACCGGCACCCGGAGGCUACGGGGGGCUUGUAAGGAAAGCGCCCAGCCCCUAGACGGCCCCCCGCCUGCCUCCCGGGACAUCAUCGAGACCCCCGUGCCCACGGAGGACUCGGGAAAUGAUGAGAGCACCCGCAAAACCACCCGCCCAUCCCCGCAGCCGGAGCCAGACGGGGCCCCGACCUUGAGACGGCUCAGGACCAGACGAGGGCACGCCGCGGUGGGAGAGGAGACCUCGGAUCCCGGAAAGAGGCCAGAAACCUCGCGGAGAGCCCGGAAGCCCCCCGGGGAGCCCUCCGUGGCGAGGGAGCCUGCAGAGCCGGAGGCGGCCCCCACGGCACGGGCAGCCCGCCCCACGAGGCUGCGCGCCGCGGCGGCGGAGAAGCCCCGGCUUCCGCAGGCCCUGGCCGGUCUCCCGGAGGUCCAAGCGCCGGGGCACACGGAGGACGCGGUGGCACGCGAUGGAGAGGGCACCGCGGUGCCCCGCCGGCCGCCCCCGCCCGAGCCGCGGGACACCUGUGCGUCCUCACGGAGAGCCACCAGGGCGCGGCCGCGCCACGGCGACGGGGAGGAGGAGCUCCCGGCCGCGGGGACGCUGACGCGUGCGCCGAGGCCAACCACGCGCGCCCGGAAAGUGCCAGAAGGUGACGUCCCAGACACCCAGGCUUCAGAGGAAUCGGCCAGGCAGGCCCGGGGCCCAGCACAAAGCGUCACCGGCACCCGGAGGCUGCGGGGGGCUCGUAAGGAAAGCGCCCAGCCCCUAGACGGCCCCCCGCCUGCCUCCCGGGACAUCAUCGAGACCCCUGUGCCCACGGAGUUGCUGACAAAUAGUGCCAUUGCCCUCAAACCCCCGAAGACCUCCAGAAGAGUCCUCCGGGCUCUGAAAGAGAAGCCCGUGACGUCCCUGAUCCCCAGCGGGGGACCUGGGGAGGAUGGACCCCGCGUGCAGAGCUCUGUGGCUCUGACGCCGCUACCUGCAGAGGAGCAGCCGGCCGUGGAGGAGAGGCCUGCCCGCAGCAGGAGGCCCAGGCCCCCCGCGCCCCCCAAGGCGCUCCCGCGCCCCACAGCUCAGCUCGGGGAAGAACAGGGCAGCCACGGCACGGACGCGGAAGACGGGGAUCCCCAAGACUCCCCUGCGGCUGCUGGUCAGAGAACGUCUCUGCGCACCAGACACCAAAACCACCCGCGUGCCGGGCAGCAGAGGCCCGGGGGACCUGGCUCUGCGGAGAAGGUUAAAGCCCCGAGACAGGCCAAGAAACCCGAGAAGACCUCGCGAGACACCGAGCCCCAGAACCAAGAGCUCGGGGGCCAGCAACCCGCCAGGCGCGGGGGGCUCCGAGGAGGCCGAGGGGGCGCGAGACCCGCAGGGCAGAGCCCGGCCGGCGCGCCCCUCCCCGCCGAGGACACCGGGCGGGAGAGCCGGGACGGCCCCGGCGGGGCGGCCGCCGGGCCCCGUGUCAGGGGCCCGCGAGCCAAAAGGACCGCAGCGCCGCCCGCCCCGCGCGCGCGGGACCGUGACGCCGAGCCCAGGGCGACUCGCGCGGCCACGCGAGCCGCAGGAGACCCGAAGCAGGUACGGAGCGGCCUUCCCCUCAGGGACGAGAGGGCUCUGGGGACGCUUCGGGGUACCGUGGCACGGGGCCACGUCUGUGUCGGAGCUGCCGUCUGUCGCGCCUGCCUCGGGGGGCUUGCGCUCGCGUCCGGUGGGGCGUCGAGAAGACUCCCUUCGUUCCGGAAGAACUGGGAGUCGGCCGAGUCCUCCCUUCCUGACCGCCUUUCUCCCAGCUCCUGCCUGACUGUAGCUGGGCGCCCGGAGCUCUGCCCACUGCGGAGGGCACGGUGGCCCUCCGGGACCCUCAUCCAGCUGCACGCGGAGGGGCGGGCCGGGGGCGGGCACUGCCCGCCAGGACACGCCCACCCACACCACGCGCCCGGCCCCCAGACCCUGCCAGCUCGGCCCCUGCUCCUGCGGCCCCCACCUCCCCCUGCCCCCGUGGCUCUGCCCACCCAGCACCCCCUGCCCCCCCACCGGGUCCUUAGUCCACCCCGCUUCCUCUGCCUGCCAGUCCCACGGGGCCCAGCAGCCCUGGGGCCAGCGACCACACCUUCCACCCCUCCUGGAGCAGCCCCGGCAGCCUCCGGACCUGGGCGUCAGCUCUUGUAUCCUGCUGAGCACCUACAGUGUACAGGGCCCUUCACCGGGCUCCCUCGAGAGCUGACAACCAGAGACCCCGGAGGAUGCCCAGUGAUGCGAGAGGAGGCGGACACCCUAGAGAACAACAGAGAUUAUUUCCCUCUACUAAACACCGGGCGGGCAACGGGCAAGACCGGCACGGUGGCGUUUCCCCCAUGCGUCCAGCAGGGGGAGCUAAGCGAUGCAGUGCUUUUUACGCACGUGUGCCAGUACUGGGGCUUACGCUCGGCCACGGUGCGGAGUAGAUACGGAGGGCACCGAGAUGAGAGCUUGGAACGUUCUAGGUUGAAUCUAGACGGCUCUCCAAUCCUGUUCUACAGGCUUCUUUUCUCAUCACAGCCUGUGUUACUAGAAACCACGGGCCUUGCUGGGGUUCCGGGAGCCGACGGGGUCACGCUGCACACGGGGCUCCAGCUGCCCCGGCACUGCCGUACGCCAGGGGCGAGGCACGUGGCUCCCCUGUGCACGUGGGUGCCGGUGCCUCCCAGGGGCUCCCAGGGUGACACCCAGGCUGCUCGCCCACAGGAGGACGGCGGCUUACACGGUGUGCACAGUGAGGGUCGGAGGAACCCUUAUUCCGAGAGCCGAGAUCCUUGGGGCAGGGUAAAUCGAGGGGACCUGCACCCCAGGGGACCAGGCUGGGUCCCCUCCCUCACACGCUCGUGGGCUCCCACGGGAGUCGUGGGGGUCGUGGGCACCCGGGGACUGGGCUGGCUGUGGAGGGCCGAGGUUUCUCGGGUGGACACGGGCCCUCCCUCCCUCCCUCCCUCCCUCCUCUCUCGGGAGCCCCGCCCCGCGGAGGCCUGGGGCGGCCUCGGUGCCCAGGGUGAAGCUCAGGGCACGCUCCGCGAGCAGGCGAUGCAGAAUGAAGGCGUGAACGGAGCUCACCGGGACAGAGACCAGCAAGCACCUGCGGAGGGGAGCACCUGCGGUGGGCCGGCUCCGGCCCUGGCGAUCCGGGGACGAAGCCCAGGCCACGGCAGGGCCCGGAGCGGCGUCUGGGCCCGGGAACCGCGGCUCACGAAGCGCCUUCCAGGGCUGGCGUGA